UUUCCCCUUGAAAAUGAAAGCCCGCACGCACCCUCCACCCGAGCCACUAGCCCUGCUUCUGGCACGGGGGUUCGGCUUCACCGCCACCCGCCUUCUGCAGGCUUGGACAGCGGCCGGAGGCAGCUUUGGGACAUCCCGCAGCACGGCUGGGCUAGCAGUAGGCCGAGUCCCGCCAGGGGCGCCUUCCCUCUGGCCGCGAGCGAGGCGGGGCGAGCGAGCGAGGAGACGGAAGGCGGAGCAGUGCCCGAGCGGAGUCGUCGUUGGGCCGCGCUCUGCAGCGGCCGUCGCCUGUCAGGGUUAGGAGCGCGGUGCCCGGCCGAAUGGAGGCGGCCUACGUAUACCGCCUGGCGGCAGCGCUGGGCUCAGAGCUGCAACGGCUGUCAGAUGACUUCGGGACGGCCGCCCUGGCCGGGCUGGUCCCGCAGGUGGUGCGCCUCCUCGAGCUCCUGGAGACGCUGGCCUCGGACGGAGCGGCGGGCGGGCUCGGCGAACUACUGCUGGGAGCGUCGUCGGACGAGGAACCGGCCGCCGCCGCCGCCGCCGAGCGUUCGCGGCAGGUGGCGGAGCAGCGGCUAGCCGAAGCUCGAGAGCGGGAGCGGCGCCUCCAGAGCCAGCUGGCUCAGCUGGAAGUGGAGCAGCAGCGAGCCUUGAGCCGCCUGGCGGGGGGCCAAGCCCAGGAAGACGGCCUUGGCCGCCAAGAGCGGGAGCUGAUGCUGCAGCUGAAGGAGGUGGUGGACCAUCAGCGGGACAAGAUUCGUGCCCAGGACCAUGAGAUCCAGCGCAAGGCCCGGGACACAGAGGCUCUGCAGGAACAGCUCAACCGCUUCAUGACCAUGAACGAGAACCUGCGCCGGAAGUUGGCCAUGGUGCAGGCCCAGCUCAGGAGUGCCCUGGAGAGGAAGGGGGAGGUGGAGGCCCUCUGGGAAGCGGAAAGGCAUGGCAGAGUGGCAGAGCCUGCCAGGAGUAGCAUCCCCACGGAACAGGAGGGGGAUGUGGGAGGGGCUGCAGUCCCCUCAGAACACCCCCCUGACCAGCGCACCUUCUCAAAGGAAGAGCUGCAGCAGAUCCUGCAAGAACGCAACGAGCUCAAAACUAGCCUCUUCUUGGUGGAGGAGGAGUUGGCCUACUAUCAGCGGGAGCUGCUUAAUGGGGAGCGAGUCCCUGUCCUCCUCCUGCAUGCAGUGAAAUCUGCCAUCAAGAAGCAGCGCAAGAAGAUCUGGGCCAAGAUGCUGGGCACAGAAGAGGAGCCGGGAGGCAGGGAGGAAGAGGAGGAGGAAGGUGAGGGGUGGCCGAUAGGCUCUCCUGGCUCUGACUGCACUGAUGGCCACCUGCCCGAGUCCAGGAUCAAGAGCUUUUUCAACCAGUGGUAUCACAGAACCUCCCAGCCCAGCCCCCCGGAAAGCAGGCCUGGAACCUGGGAGAUCAUCAAUGCAGAAGAUGUGGGUCCAGGAGAAGAGCAGAGGGAAGAAACGCUCCCCGGUGGCUCCUCUUCCCCGGGCCCAACUUCCCCACUUCCUUGAGCUGGGAUAUUCACUGCUGGACUUGCAGCUCUGCCCUUCUUUGCCAGCAGCUUGGAGGCUCUGCCCUUCCACACCCCUUGUCCUCUCCAACAAGGCUGCUCCCUGUGUCAAUAAAACAGAAAAUGUGCAAA